AUGGGAGAACAGCACAUCUCAGCUACAGUUCCCCGUGACAGAACAGAUGAACAGGCAAUCUUGGCUUUGAAGAAAGGUGCACAACUUCUGAAAUGUCGGAGAAGAGGAAACCCAAAAUUCUGUCCUUUUAAACUCUCAAUGGAUGAGAAGUAUCUAAUUUGGUACUCAGGACAAGAUGAGAGACAGCUGAGAUUGAGCUCGGUUAUAACGAUCGUUCGAGGACAGAUCACGCCGAAGUUUGAGAAGCAAGCUCAACCGGAUCGAAAAGAGCAGUCGUUUUCACUCGUCUAUGCAAAUGGAGAAUACACUCUUGAUCUUAUAUGCAAGGAUAAAGCACAAGCAGACUCUUGGUUUAAAGGCCUUAGAGCUGUGAUAACGAAGCACCACAAUGCUAGAUCUUCUGUGAAUCUAAGGACAAGCAGGGGAGCUCAAAGUUGUAUCAAUAGCCCUGCGGGGUUUAUCCGCAGGAAACAGAAUCUUGGACUUGUCGAAGAAACCCCUGACUUCACUCAGAUACGCAGUUUAUGUGCGAGUCCAUCCACAUUACUUGAGGAACGGUGUUUGUGGUUGUCAGGCUCUUCAGACAGUUUCUACUCCGCGGAAUCAGCUGGUUCAGAUGGGUUCGGCCCAGUUUCUCCUUACUACGAAGCAGACUGUGACCAGACAGGUUCAGAGCUUAGCAAGAAGCAUUCAUCACAAAGAUUUUAUGUUUCUCCCCCUCACACUGUAACUCAGCCAACUGCAAGAUCCAAUGUCCUCAAGGACGUAAUGAUAUGGGGAGCUACAAGGGGUCUUAUCGAGGGAUCAAAGAAUCAGAACGAUGCUUUAUCUCCUCAGCUUUUAGAGUCGGCCACCAUGUUUGAUGUACAAAGCAUUUCUCUGGGUGCAAAACACGCUGCGCUGGUUACGAGACAAGGUGAAGUGUUUUGUUGGGGCAAUGGAAACAGUGGUAAGCUUGGUCUUAAAGUGAACCUUGACAUCGACCAUCCGAAACGCGUUGAAUCACUCGAAGGUGUUGCGGUUGGAUCAGUGGCUUGUAGCGAUCACCAAACAUGCGCUGUUACCGAAUCCGGAGAGCUGUAUCUGUGGGGAAUAGACGGUGGAACUAUUGGAGAAUCAGGAAGACAGUUCUUAACUCGGAAAAUAGCUGAUCUCUUUGGUGGAUCUUUGAGGGUUUACAGUGUCGCUUGCGGCGCGUGGCACACAGCGAUUGUGACAUUUUCUGGUCAGCUUUACACAUACGGUAGUGGAACCUUUGGAGUUCUUGGACAUGGGAGCCUUGAGAGUGUUACAAAGCCAAAAGAAGUGGAGUCUUUGAAGCGAAUGAAGGUGGUAUCUGUUUCUUGUGGACCGUGGCACACGGCUGCAAUAGUGGAAACCUCCACCAUCGACAGGAAAUAUCACAAUGCCAAGAGUUGUGGAAAGCUGUUUACUUGGGGAGAUGGAGAUAAAGGAAGGUUAGGUCACGUGGACAGCAAGAGAAAGCUCGUGCCGACUUGUGUUUCGGAGUUGAUUGAUCAAGAUUUCGUUAAAGUCUCAUGCGGAUGGACUUUAACUGUUGCACUCAGCAACAGAGGAACAGUUUAUACGAUGGGCAGCUCAAUUCAUGGCCAGUUGGGAUGUCCAAGAGCCAAGGAUAAGUCGGUAAAUACUGUUUUAGGCAAUUUAACAAGACAAUUUGUCAAGGAGAUUGCUUGUGGUUCACAUCAUGUAGCUGUGUUGACUUCUUUUGGUAAUGUUUAUACUUGGGGAAAAGGCGCCAACGGACAACUUGGGUUAGGCGAUGUUAGAGAUAGAAACUCGCCGGUUCUUGUUGAGUCUUUAGGAGACAGGUUGGUGGAAAGUGUAGCUUGUGGGUUGAGUUUAACGGCUGCGAUUUGCUUACACAAAGACAUCUCUUUGACUGAUCAAAGCGCUUGCAGUUCUUGCAAGUCAGCUUUUGGAUUCACAAGGAAGAAACAUAACUGUUACAACUGUGGUCUCUUGUUCUGCAAUGCAUGUAGUAGCAAGAAAGCAGUUAAUGCUUCCUUGGCACCAAACAAGGGCAAACUUUCUCGAGUCUGCGAUUCUUGCUUCAAUCAUCUAUGGAGAAUAACAGAGUUUUCAAACAAGGUUAAGAUGGACAAUCGAACUCCAAGGAUGCAGUUGGUUACUAAUGCACGAAGGUUAUCUGGCGAAUGGACAGAAACUGAAUCACAGAAUCAGAUUCAGAAUAUUCCACAAGCUAAUAGUUCUUCAGAUGGACAGCCUCGAUGGGGACAAGUCUCUGCUCCUUCUCUGUUUCUUUUUGACAAAAUGUCACUAUCUUUGACAAGUCCUGAGGAUAUAUCAGUCUCAUCCAGAAGACCAUCUUCUACAAAGAUCUCGACCUCGUCUGAGACGAACAAGAUCUUUAUCGACGAAAUCGAAAGGCUAAAGGCCGAGGUAAGAAAUCUCCAGAAGCAGUGUGAACUUGGUAACGAUAAGAUUGAAGAAUGUCAAAGAGAGUUUGAGAAGACAUCACAAGUUGCUAAAGAAGAAGCUGAGAAGGCUAAAGUUGCUAAAGAGAUAAUAAAAGCUAUGGCCUCAAGGCUUCAGACGAACAAGGAGAAACCGAACAAUCCUAAGACUGGCAUUGCAUGCAAUCCGUCUAAAGUCUCGCCCAUCUUUGAUGAUGAUUCAGUUUCCGCUCCAUAUUUCACACCAAUUACCACGACUUGUUCACAAUCCAAAGACAAACAAAUUGUAGAAAAAUGUUCAAGCCGUGAAAGCAACAUUAGGCUAUUGGUAAAUGCAUCGCCAGCCAUCACAAGAACAGGGUAUAUGCAAAAUGGAACACAAGAAUCGACAGCAGAACAAGUAGAGCAAUAUGAGCCCGGUGUAUAUAUAACUUUCACGGCCUUGCCUUGCGGUCAGAAGACGCUUAAACGCGUACGAUUUAGUCGAAAGAGGUUUUCAGAGAAGGAAGCACAAAGAUGGUGGGAGGAGAAACAAGUUUUAGUCUAUAACCAGUAUGAUGCUGAAGCAUGA